AUGACGGGGAGUCGCGCCGACGCGCCGGGACUGGGGAGCCGAAGCUCGGGAGGGAGGUGGCGAGGAGGGAGCAGGGCGAGCGCCCAACCGCAGCCAGCCGGCCCCGCGGGCCGCGGGAGGUACCAAAAGGAGGGGAAAGGUCACGCGAGCGGGGUUACUCUGGGCCAAAGCCCUCGGAUGUUGAGGGCUCCGCGUAUCGAAGCUCGAGGGGGCGGGGCGCGCACCGGGAAGGCGGGGAGAGGCGGGGCGUGUGCGCUCCCGCCAGCAGGCCUCGCGGGGACGCGCGCCGUCCUUCCGAGCCGGCGCGAGCGGGAAGCGGAAGGUGUGCUAGCGCAGCUCCGGGCGCGCCCGCACCCCACGCCCCACGUCCCGCCCCGCGCUAGGGCGCACAGGCUGCGCCGUGAUCAGUGGCGUGGGUCACACUGCGCUCUAGGCUCUGUCCGCUCAAAGUCUGGCCAACGAGAUCUGAGGGCAGGGGAGGAAAGGGAUUACAUGUCUUUGCUGCGAGCUGGUGGAGGAAGGCGGUUUCCAGAGGAGAACCUGGGCAACUGUCCUCCUCAGAACUGCCAGCUGCCCUUCCCUAGAGCGCCCGGUAAUAAAUACCUAAGGCUGCCUGCUGCUUGCGACCACGCUGCUCCCAGUCGUUGGGCUGUCAACGCUUUGUGGUGCCUGAGAAGGCUUGAAAGCUCUGUUAGCUGUGUUCCUGUACUUCCUGGGUCGGGAGAGAGCGGCACUACUAUAAAUUCUACAGAUUGAGAUGUAAACAAGAGGCAAGGUUUCAGCCCACUCUUCCUUCUCCACAGAGCCACAGAAGCAGAGCCUGAGCUGCCGUGCUUAAAGUGAGCGAUGAUCACCAAAGCUUUUAAUGAGAUGAAAGUAGGAAAUCUGCAUAGAGGAGAUCUAAGAAAAGGCGGGCAAAAAGCAGUUCUCUUCGGUUUAAUCAAUGACAAAAGACCAUUAUAGAGGAAGCAAAACAUCUCGGUGACCCUGGUGAUGCUGUAGAGGACACCUACGUGUCUUUUGUGAAGUUUUUCCUGUUGAAUGCUUGCUGAUUUGCUUUGUAUGAUGCCACAUACAAAACACAAGAGUCUUCAUAAAGAAGAUCCAGUACAGUCAACCCUUGAACAACACAGGUUUGAACUGUGUGAGACCAUGUAUAUACAGAGUUUUUUCAAUAAACAUA